AUGGACACCCAAGUAGUUGUGACCUUCUUUAUCGGCCUGUUCUUCUCGGCCAUGCUGCUCUACCUCUUCACCAGCGCGAAGCAGCCGGUGCUGAGCAAGGACGAGUGGCGGCCGUUCAAGCUGCUGAAAAAGACGCCAGUGUCGAGCACGUCGGCGAUUUAUCGCUUUGAGCUGCCGGCGGACCAGUCGCUCGAUCUGCCGAUCGGCCGGCACGUCUCGGUGCGCGCGCCGAUCAAUGGCAAGUACGUCAUGCGCUCCUACACGCCGAUCUCGGCGUCAGACGCCAAGGGGUACUUUGACCUUAUGAUCAAGACGUACCCGACCGGAAACCUCUCGCGCAUCAUUGGCGAGCUCAAGGAGGGCGAGACGAUCGAGAUCAAGGGGCCCAAGGGCCAGUUCAACUACCGCCCCAACAUGGCCGAGGAGAUCGGCAUGAUUGCGGGCGGUACGGGCCUCACGCCGUGCCUCCAGGUGAUUGAUGCGGGACUGCGCAACGCAGAGGACAAGACCAAGUUCUCGCUGAUCUACGCCAACGUCACGCACGACGAAAUCCUGCUCAAGGAGCGCCUCGACGCGCUCGCAGCGCAGCACCCAAGCCGCUUCAAGGUGCACUACUUCCUCGACAGGCCCCCUGCGGACUGGAACGGCGGCGUGGGCUUUAUCACAAAGGACGCAAUCGACACGCACCUGCCCAAGCCCAGCGACGUGACGCGCCUCGUGAUGUGCGGCCCGCCGCCGAUGAUCAACGCAAUGAAGGGCCACCUGUCCGCGCUCCAGUUCCCGGAGCCGCGUGUGGUGAGCAAGGAGCACGACCCCGUGUUCAUUUUCUAA